GGACAAAUCUCUUGUGUCUGUGUAGACAAAUGUCUCUUCAUAUCUCUUUUGUGUGCAUAGCAUACAAAGCCUUUCCGAUCUUUUAUCAGUUUGAGCAACCUGUUCACCACUCUGCACUAUUGAUUCCCACUGGCCGAUUGCUGAGAACUGUGAUAAGCUCCAAGCGUGUGGGCCUUGCUUUCCAUACAUGCUGUUGACCUUAUGGGCUGUGGCUCUUCAGCUAUGCAAGAUUACUAACAUUAUCUAAUCAUGAAAAUACAAAUUGAAUUUCCUCCAUGUGAGGCUAUGCUGUAAAGUGUGUGGGGCUAAUGCUGGUGAGAGCUGGAGCUUUCCCAGGCCUUGCCCAAAUAGAGAAAUUCAGAUUUUUACGAAAAAAAAAGGGGCAGGCUGUCAGCUGAGCAAUGCUGUGUAAGUUGUAUGCACUCCAAGCAGUGACAGAGCUUUUCUUGGCUGAAAACUUCAUCCAUCUCACAGGACUGGGAGGAGCUGAGCCCCAGUGCAAGCAGUGGUGCAAGCCUAUGACUAUUUUUACAACUGAUUGAGCAACUGUGUCUGUUUCUAGGGUUGCACAAUGCUUCCCAUCUGAGAUACUUGCUUUUCUGUGGCUUAGAAUUGUACCCCAAAUUGAUCCAUAAAUGUUCUCUGCUAGAGGCCUGCUGCAGGGCCGGCGAGGAAAUGAGUCCAGAUGCUGCAGAGAGCAAGCAGAGGGAAGCUUGUUUAUUCUGCAGUGUUAGAAGUGAUAGGCAGCUCCUUGCAGUAUUUUGGCUGCUCUGUCAGGGGGAUUUGCUGACAGCGCUCUGCCUUGUGUCUACAAGCCUUUGAAAAAAAUGUUAGUUUGCACUUCAAGGGUUGUCUUUUAGUUAAUUUAUCCUAAAUACUGCUGUGACUUUGCCCCUUGGAGCUCCUCUGCUCAGCUGCUCCAAUGCAGAGACCUGGCCUUGGUGUUAGAAUGCAGGGCAGGAGCUGCAUGCUGGCUUCCACCAGCUCUUCUGGGGGUCUUAGAAGUUUGCAGAAUGGCUUUGAAGAUCUCAAGAUGGAAAGAGCUGUAGGUGUGGAGUGUGUUGUCUGCCUGCUAUGGACUGGAGGAGUGGAGCCUGGUGAGGAGAAGGAAGGAAAGGGCUGCAGAGAACAGAGCUUGUUAAACAAAAGGAGCUGGAAGGCAACAGGCAAAAGAUGAAGAUGACUUGGGGUGAUUGUAAGGAGAGGAUAAAAACUCAUCCAUGCAAACCUGCAGGGAGCCAUAGAAUUGAAUGCAGUGGCAUGAGGUGGCAAAAGGCAAGUCUUGGCUGGCACAACCGUGCUUCUGUCCUGCACAGAAAUGCAAACCCACUGAAGUUCAAGAGGGCACCGUGGGCAUUUGGGCAGUCAGGUGCUUCUGCUGAACGAAGAGCAGAUGGAGCUUUAAUAUGCAAGCAUUCCAACACUUUCUGAAACAUCUGCUUCAGCAGGCAAUCAUGCCAGUGGAGAAAGGACUGGGCAGUUCUCAGAGCAAGCUAUCAGGGCCUAAUCCAGUAAGUUCACAGAUCUGCCUGCCCCUCCGUUCUUGUCUGGGGGAUGUGUGUGUGGCUGAGGCUCUUCUGAGGUUAUCUGACAGUUGCUGUGGAAAAGGAAGAAAGCUGGCAGGAUGCCUCCCAGUAUUGCCUUUGUGCAGCCAUGGUAGGGUCUUGCUUGCCUCCUAGUUGCAGAACUUCUUGUGUGCUGCUAUUAUCUGCAAAAUGGGCCUGUUUUAUCCAGGAUCUGCUUUUACUGUUGAUAGAUGUUCAGAUCGCCAUGUCUACGUCUUGCUUACCUGUCCAGAAGCCACUACACAGCUAAUAAAGCAGUAUCUGUAUGUGACUUGUUUGCAGGUAAAUAACUUGUUUGCUAAAUUAUGUCUCACUUUGUGGCUCCAGCUGUAGCUCGAGACUACGUGUGGUGUUGCCUUUCCCCUUCUAUACGUACAGUUCCUUCCCAAACUGUGAGUGAAAGAGCUGCCCGUGUCACUCAUGGACAGGCUGUGCUGUUGGAGUGCCUCCUAAUGAGACUCCUUACCCCAGGCACUGCAGCUCCCAGCCUAAUGGCAGCUUUUCCACGGCUUGCUGCUGCUGUUCUUAACUGCAUAUGUUGUCAGCAGAUUGACUCUCCUGGCAGGUAAGCCUCAUCUUUUAAUUAUAUUUGCUCCCCUUUUGGCAGAGAUAACAGGAUGUUGUAGGGUUUGGCUGUGAGCUGGGUGUGAACAGUUCCUGCAUGCUGGCGUGGGAGCUCUGAGGAUGCAGUGGACAAGUGCAGAGGAGAGAAAAUAGCAGUGCUGGGUUAAUGCCUUCAGGCAAACGCACUGUGUUCUGGCAGCCACUGCCUGGCAGGUGAUUUGCUGAGAGAAACGUGAUAGUAAAAUUCCUAUGAAGUUGGCUCUCUUGGUGCUGGCUCUGCUCUUUGCUCAAGUCCAACAAUCUGAGCAGUUGGAGGCAGCAGUUAUUGCCCUGCAAUUACUGUGAAGGUUCAAGGAGAUUUGCUCCCCAUCUUGUCUCCCUUUAUUGACAUCUCCCAGGCUUGAUGCUGAUGGGCACCUUAGGGAUGAUGCUGCCUGGCUCUCACUGUGAUUGGCAAAUACUCAAAGCAUUCUGCUGUCAUAAGCAAAUAUUUAUGCUCUGAUGAAGGACUUCUGAUGGCAAAUGCAUCUUCUUUUUUAUUUCCAUCUAUGUCAAGGUUAUUUCUUUAAGCUCAGGGAAAGAGUUUAAAAACCAUGACAGAAAAGUCUUCUGUUUCACAAUUACCAAAUGUUGGAGUAGCUGUCAGCCUGCCCAGAGCUCCCGGAAGAACGGCACUCUUCAAAGGGCAGGGAUUUUUUGUGAGAGGUUUGUCCUCCUUGCAAAUUCACCACCCUUGAGGCAGAAUAACUCACAUGUCAUUGCCUUCUUCUAACUAAAGAUCUAUGAAAGUGAGAACUACAAUAGCUGCUGUAAGCUGGCCCAUUUAUUUUGGGACUCUUUGAACAGUGUUCGAAGGCAGGAUGGUAAUAGCUCCUUCAGUAUUGCUGUCUGCAGAUCCCCAGUGGGAACACUGAGGCUGGGUGAGAGUUGUUGGUGCAAUGGAUAUCCUUUGCAUCUCUGUGCAGCUAAAACCCCAAGGGAUAGAUAUGUGGGAGCAUGGAGCAGGAUUCUGAAGGAUCCAGGACUGUUCUUGAUGUGAGCCACCGAGGACAGUUUCCAUAAGAAGAUUAUUGACUUGGCUUUUGUGAGUCCCUUCCAACCUGUGUUAUUCUAUGAUUCUAUGACUUGUCACAAAAUCUGACCAAACAGCAUUGUGGAGGUCAUUGUAUUACUACAGGUCGAGGAAGGGAUGAAUAGCAGAAGUCUUGGAACUGUGUUCCCUGCCCUGAAGCAGAGGGGCUCUGUUCCCCUUUUUAUUUUUAGAGUCUUGCCAGUUUCUAAGCUUUGCUUACAGUAAGAGCUGACAGCCAGUUAGUCCACCCUGCCCUGCAAAUACAAGGCCACAUGUAUCACUUCCUACUGCCGACUGAACGUUUACAUAAGCAGCUUUGGCAAGUACACCUAUAGGAAGCAGUGCCUGGCUUUGCUCCUGCUGAGCCCUCACUAUUUCUACUGCGUGUUCUUUGCCCUUUAAAAUAUCUAUCCAGUAAUAUUACUCAUGGGUGCAAAAAGGUAAUCAAGGACAAAGGAAAUAUGCUGAUACCUGAUGCCUUCAUCAGGUGGGGAUGCUGCAGCCAGCUGAGGAAUGCAUGCAGGACGCAUGAAGCAUGUCUGGCUCGAGAUUGGCGUUUCUUUAACUGAGUGUUAAAGAGAGCAGGGCCAAUAAUGUGGUUUGGUUUUAGUUACUCUGGCUGCCAGGGGUAUCUGUGAACUUUGUAUUGUGCUGAUGAACUCUUAAGAGUUGUAGUUAAUGGUUAACUAAGUCUUGGACUGCUGUAGGUAGUCUCCUCGUGUAGGAGGCUAAUGCUGUGCCAGCAGCAUGGUGCACCUUGCACAGAGCAGGAAAGCAACCGCUAUGCUUUAAUGUAAAAAGCAGCAUGUUCUGUGCAUUGACAAGAACAAACCCAAGAAGGAGGAACCUGCAGUCUGCAGCUGUGCCAAGAGCCAGCUGCUCUGCAGGGUGAGACCAGGUGUGGUAUUUCUGCCGGGAGGUAGAGGUGUGCAACCUGGCUGCAGGGUUAGUGCAGCUCAGGGUUAUCACUGACCCAUGGCAAAAGCCCUCUGUGAGGUUCCAUGGAAUGUUCUAUUUUUGCUGGAACACGGUUGCCAGGCAGUGGCUGCAGUGAACAACAGAUCUCCUGCUGUCAGUUUGCUGUGCACGCUAGCGCUGGGGAACGGCACCUCUGGAAGCCUUGGCCAGAAGUCCACCCUCCUCCUGGAGCAGAUGAGGCUGCUUCCCCUACAGCUGGCUCUGCUUUGAGUCUGGAUCUGGCCCAAGAACAUCUGACAUUGGUGACAUUCGGCAAGAAAAAGGGAGAGGAGAUGUGCAGGAGAAGACACACGGGACUGGGAAAUGACCCAACAAACAUCUACUGACUUUGGCAGACAGAGCUGGCCAUCGAUUGGGCACUUCCUUCAACGUCAUGGGGCGGGUUUCCUUUCCAAGGAGGGUGUUUCCAUCCCCUGUGUCGUCUGUUUAGGCUAUAAAAGUCUGGACUCAGCAUCUGCAAUUCAAACACCAAAAUAGAGAUGAACGGAGAGAAGCAGGAGAGCUCCAGCGUGGAGGAAGGCAGGAAGGGGAGACUGACAGUUCCACUUGCGCUGGUAACGCUCAUCUCUGCCUUUGGAUCAUCCUUCCAGUAUGGCUACAACGUGUCCGUGAUCAACUCUCCAGCCCCGUACAUGCAAGACUUCUACAACCAAACCUACAUCAACAGGCAUGGAGUCUCCAUGGACGAGAGCUUCCAGACACUGCUGUGGUCCCUCACUGUGUCCAUGUAUCCCCUGGGUGGCUUCUUUGGGUCGCUCAUAGUGGGACCUCUGGUCAACAACUGUGGCCGAAAAGGCACCUUGCUGAUAAACAACCUCUUCUCCAUUGUUGCUGCAGUUCUUAUGGGAACCUCAGAGAUAGCAAAAACCUUUGAAGUAAUCAUUGUAUCCCGUGUUAUCAUGGGGAUAUAUGCUGGUCUGGCCUCCAACGUGGUUCCCAUGUUCCUGGGAGAAAUGUCCCCCAGAAAUCUCAGAGGUGCUAUUGGGAUAGUACCCCAGCUCUUCAUCACCCUCGGGAUCCUCGUAGCUCAGAUCCUUGGUCUUACCAGCAUUCUUGGGCAUGCUGAAGGCUGGCCCUUGCUCCUGGGGCUCACUGGGAUCCCAUCAGCAUUACAGCUCCUUACAUUGCCCUUUUUUCCUGAAAGUCCCAGAUAUCUGCUGAUACAGAAGGGCAAUGAGGAUCAAGCACGACAAGCUCUGCAGCGUUUGAGAGGCUGGGAUGAUGUGGAUGAUGAGAUAGAAGAAAUGCGCCAAGAAGACAAGUCAGAAAAGGAAGAGGGACACCUCUCUGUGCUCACCCUGUGCACCUUCAGAGGCCUGCGCUGGCAGCUCAUCUCUAUUGUUGUCAUGAUGAUGGGACAGCAGCUUUCAGGGGUCAAUGGAGUCUUCUACUAUGCGGACAGAAUCUUCCUGUCGGCAGGUGUGGAGGCCAACAACGUUCAGUAUGUCACUGUGUCCAUAGGUGCCAUCAACGUUCUCAUGACUUUCCUUGCUGUUUUCAUUGUGGAGUCCUUGGGAAGGAGAAUCCUGCUGCUUGCUGGCUUUGGGUUGUGCUGCGGCUCCUGUGCAGUGUUGACUUUGGCCCUAAACCUCCAGAAUACUGUCUCGUGGAUGUCUUACCUCAGCAUAGUGUGUGUCAUCAUUUACAUCAUUGGACAUGCUAUUGGAGCCAGUCCAAUCCCCUUUGUGAUGAUCACUGAGAUGUUCCUGCAGUCGUCCCGGCCUGCUGCCUUCAUGGUGGGUGGCUCUGUGCACUGGCUCUGCAACUUCACUGUGGGACUCGUGUUCCUCUACAUGGAGGCUGGACUAGGAGCCUUCAGCUUCCUCAUCUUCUGUGGUAUAUGCCUCGCCACCAUGAUCUACAUCUUCUUCGUUGUACCUGAGACGAAGAACAAAACCUUCAUGGAAAUUAACAGAAUCAUGGCCAAGAGGAACAAGGUGGAGAUUCAGACAGAUGUAGAACAGAUGAUGGAUUUGCAGACUGUUCCAAGUGUGAAGGCAGACAAGCCAGAAGUUUUGGGCAGUGAUCUGUGACACAACCCAGUGCUUCGCCUGGCCCAGGUGUUUUCCAGGAUCUAUUCAGUGGAAGAAUAUGGCUCAAUUCUGACCUUCAUUCGGACUUUCUGCACAACUCCCACAGAAGUUUUCAAAUAAGCCUUUAUUCUGUCUUAAGGUUGUUCUCAUUCUGAGUAAUUAGUAGGACCACUCUGUUUUGUGGCAUGGUGACUUCAGUGGCAGAUUUCCCAUUCCUUGUAUUUGUCACUAGGAAGGGGCAAUGCCUGCCGUCAGCUCAGUUCCUGUGAUCAGGGAACUGAUGUCACAGUGUGGUGUGUGCCCCUUAUGUCCUGAGUGAACCAUCUCAGGUGACACGGAACAGCACCUGGGCUGGGUUUUGGUCAGUCGUGUGCAAGGAGUGCAUUGUACUCCUUGACCAUUCCUUGAACGUGAAUUUGAAGGUCCAACAUGUGUGAGGGCAGGCCUUUGGUGCUUGGUGUUCUGUGUGGAGAGUGUGUCAGAUGCACCAAGGUGCUCUGAUAGAUGUGUUCCUAGAGGCAUGUAUCCUGUCACCUGUACGGAGGACCAUAAGACUGGAAAUGCACGUGACUUUAAUCUCACUCCCACCCUGCUCAUCAGAUGGACUCCUGGAAAGCUAACAGUUGCUGGUGAGUCCUUCCAGAGCCUUAUUCUUGAGCUUAGGAGUGUUCCAUUGGCCCUGUGCUUAUUCAUGGGCUGCUGAUACACAGUUGUUCCUGUGGCACUCCAGUCUUUGGAAAUAGCUCCUUUUGUUCCUUAGUGCUCACGCAGAAGCUGCCAAAGAGUUUUAGCCGCUCUCCUAAUCCUUUAAUAGCCCCCAGAGGUACACUCAGUGCAUAUGAGCCAGGUGGAGAUCAUUCAUUCCCAGAGAUGUGUGAACUUGCUGCGUGCUGAGGUCAGGUUUGGGCAGAAUCCUGUGCAGUGGCCGUGUUUCCAAGCAUGUUCAGAUCCGCCUUUAAGCACCUUGGUGUGAGACACUAGGAAUAGUUUUCCAAAGAAUUAAUUUCUCAGGGACCUGGUUUCUUGAAAAAGUUCUCAGCUGGUCUAAAGGUUGGUCCUUGAGUGGUUCCUUCUGGUUGUGUCCCUAAGGGCACAGCUCCACCUGAAGGCUGAACCGGUUUGGAGGAGCCAAGACUGAAGAACUAGAUCUGACUCACCAGGGAAAUAAAAAUGCACACUGAUAAA